AUGUCCACCGCCGACACUCCUCCAACAUACGCGCCCAAACCCCAAGACCCCAAACUCUACGAGCCGAAAUACUACGAACCGAAACACUACUCGCACCUAAUCUCCUUCCCCCCAAUCCAAGGAUCCACCGACCUCGUACGCACCUGGCUCAAGAAGUGGUUCGAGGUACACGAACUACGAUCUGAUGAGGUGGGCAAGUGUGUUGGCAAAGUAUAUUGGAACGGCCAUGAUUUGAAUGAUGUUGAUGGAUUGGGGAGACAUGAGGUGGUUUCGCAGUUGGUGGCGUGGGGUUUUGAGAGGGGGUAUGCAUUUGGUAUUGCGGUUGAUAUUGAGAGGGCUAGAGGGGUUAGGAGGAUUAGAGGGGGUGGUGGGUGGUGA